AGCCCCCUGGGUUGGCGGGGAAGGCAGAAGUUGGUUUUGAACUGGAGGGGCAGCGCAGCUGACAGUCUCAUCUGCUAUGCUCUGGAGCCCUGGCAGAGUUAGAAACCACUGCCCCCAACACCCAGCAGAGCACAGGCCGUGUGUAAGCAGGGUGUUUUUAAGGAAGGCAUGUAGAAACUCCCUCCUCCAUGCACAGCGAUUUCCCCCUCGCCCUUUUUUGCUGGCUUUGCACUCCCCACCGAGGGCUCCGAUGUCGGGUCGGUUGUGUGGGUGAUUCUUCCCAUUUCUUCCCCCCCCCCAAAAAAAAUAAAGCCUUGCAUUUGGGAUUGCUGAAAAAUCACUUGCCCUCUGAGCCCACUUGGCAGUGUCAGUUUCAGACUCCUGCUUCCCCUGGUCCCGGGGAGAACGCACCGAAGCCGGUUCUCCAUGUGUCGCUUGUAUUUUUUUUCUUCUUCUUCUCCUUCUUCCCCUUGUCUUUCCUCUCUCUCUCUCUCUCUCUCUCUCGGCUCCCAGGACCGGCACGAUGGCGUCCCGAGCCACAGCUCCCGGCUCUCCCAGCUGGGCUCGGUGUCCCAAGGACCGUACUCGAGCGCCCCGCCGCUGUCCCACACUCCGUCGUCCGACUUCCAGCCGCCCUACUUCCCGCCCCCCUACCAGCCGCUCCCCUACCACCAGAGCCAGGACCCCUACUCCCACGUCAACGACCCCUACUCCCUGAACCCCCUGCACCAGCCCCAGCAGCACCCCUGGGGCCAGCGGCAGCGCCAGGACGUGGGCUCGGAAGCCGGCUCCCUCCUGCCCCAGCCCCGGGCCGCCCUGCCCCAGCUCUCGGGCCUCGACCCCCGGAGGGACUACCACUCGGUCCGCCGGCCCGACGUGCUGCUGCACUCGGCGCACCACGGCCUGGACGCGGGCAUGGGCGACAGCCUCUCGCUGCAUGGCCUCGGCCACCCUGGGAUGGAAGACGUCCAGUUCCGGUUCCUCCCAAAUCUGUGACUUCUCUGAUGAUGAAUAAAGAUGGCUUCCUGGGAGGCAUGUCCGUCAACACGGGCGAGGUGUUUUGCUCGGUCCCCGGCCGCUUGUCUCUGCUCAGUUCCACUUCCAAGUACAAAGUCACCGUGGGGGAGGUCCAGAGACGGCUCUCGCCCCCGGAAUGCCUCAACGCGUCUCUCCUCGGCGGCGUCCUCAGAAGAGCCAAAUCGAAAAAUGGGGGGAGAUCUUUGCGGGAAAGGCUAGAAAAAAUCGGUUUGAAUUUACCCGCGGGCAGGCGCAAAGCAGCAAAUGUCACGUUACUCACCUCCCUGGUGGAAGGGGAAGCUGUCCAUUUAGCUCGGGACUUUGGCUACAUCUGCGAAACAGAGUUUCCCGCCAAAGCUGUUUCUGAGUAUUUGAACCGGCAGCACACGGACCCCAGCGACCUGCACUCUCGAAAGAAUAUGCUGCUGGCCACCAAGCAACUUUGUAAAGAAUUUACAGAUCUGCUGGCGCAGGACCGGACGCCGAUUGGGAACAGCCGGCCCAGCCCCAUCCUGGAGCCGGGCAUCCAGAGCUGCCUCACGCACUUCAGCCUCAUCACGCACGGCUUCGGCGCCCCGGCCAUUUGCGCGGCGCUCACGGCCCUGCAGAACUAUCUCACCGAGGCGCUCAAAGGCAUGGACAAGAUGUUCUUGAACAACACCGCCACUAACAGGCACACGUCUGGGGAAGGCCCAGCUUUGCCCGCAUGGUUUAUGAGCUUCUUCAAAGAGGACUGGGGCUUCCUACACAACCUAUAAGGGCAACGCGCCCCACGCGUGUGACGUGCGAGAGACGCGAUGGACGCGCCUUGCUCUUACUGUGCAGGUCCCAGUCGUGUUGAGGACAUAGAAUCAGCCGUUGGAGGGGCCGCGGGUCGCCUGGGCCCUUCCCGCUCUCGGUCCCAUCUUAAGGGCUAAGGCGACCGAGAUAGCCCCCUGCUCCAGUAGGUAACGGGGAGGCGCCCCUGGGGGCUGCAGGCGGGGAGGGGGUCUCAGCACCACCUAAGCGCUUUGCUCCCAGCAGCCACCCUGGGCGCCUGCUCCUGGAGGGCAAAGGGCCUAGACUUGUCCAAGGAACCGGAAAUCCUCCCCCCACCUUUGCUAGGAUGAAAACUCUCUCCAUCCUCAGGCUCCAGAAGCCGGUGAUGGGAUAGGAAUGGUCUUACUUGGCUCUCAUUCCCAAGUCCCUCCCACGCCCCAUCAAGUAGGGUUUCCUACAGCCCUGGUCCCCUCACCCUUUUUCACUUCUUUCCUGUAGGACCCCGCCCCCUUGCUGCCCUUAGCCAGGCCCACUAUGUUUAUCUGAUAAUUGAGUUAUUAAAAGAUUGGGUUUCCUUGGGCCCAUCAAUCAAUAAACAGGAUUAACGCAAGAGUUUGCCUUUUUUAAAGCGAGCUUUUUUUUUUUUUUUUUUUUGAGUUUUGUUUUCAAACCAAACAGGUGAGUUGCAGCUCUCUCCCCCCACCCUCCUCUCUCUGGACAAUUUUAUCAGGCCCCGGGCCCCCUCCCUAAGGUUCAGUCCCAAACCAAAAGCAUUGAAGACGGAAAGGAAAGAACCAGUCAGGAUGCAGGCGCGCUCAGUCCCUCACACCUUCCACUUUGCAAGUUCCUUUGGAAGUUCUAAAGAGGUCCCGACCCUUUUCUGUCCACCUGCCUCUUCCUAUAGGAAUUGUGAGUCUCAGGGGAGCUUCCCAAAUAUUGGUUCUGGUUCUGGGUGAGCAUCCAAUUUCAAAGUGAUCUUGAACUUCUCCCCCAAAUUCGGAAGGUGCCCCACCCCUGCCCUGCCCCAAGUAUCUUGAACCUUCCCCCUCUCUGGCUCCACACCCAGAAGGCUUUUCAAAGACUGGGGGGCUGUUUUAUUUUCUUUGGCCACGGAAACUACUUUCUCUGAAGCAAUUAUUUCAUAUCCUAAGAAAACGGUCGAAUGGAAAACCUGAAACCCCAAACUUAUCCACACACUGUCUCUCCGGUACAAAGCCUUACUUAAUAUGGCAACGUGUUCCUAUUUGGAGUGUUUUUAGAGAAUUUGUCAUCACGUCUGAUAUCCUGGAAGGGUAAUACAUUACAUGGAAAGGAAAUAACCUUAUACCAUCUGAAGUUGCCUCAAGAGCCCACACAGUGUUUUCCCUCCUGUGCUGAAGUAUGUUAAAUUAUCGAGGGGGAGAGAAGGGGAGAAGGAAGAAAAAAAAAAUACCAAAAUUAGUUUUGUUUUCUUUCUAAAAGCGGAACAAGAACUAUUCUUUAAAGGCCAAAAUUGACUCCUCUGCUGAGUUGGUCUCUAAUUCACUAACAUAGUUUUUGCCACAUAACUUCCAUCUGUUGACUCUUCAGGAGAAGUGCGCUGGAGGGUAUCCAUGUUAAGUUUGUAUAUAUUUAUUUAUGCUUAAUUUAAUGGGAAUGUGUAAAUAUGGCGAGCAAGUAGUUUGGGAUUAUUUAUCUGUGAAUCUAUACCUCUGUGAAUGGGUGGUUAAAAAAAAACAAAAACCGCUUGACCCUAGAUAGAAUCCUAUCUGAAUUUUUCUGUUCUUUAUAGACAAGCUGUUAUGGUAAUGGGUAGAAAUUGGUUUAUUGUCCAGUGUUGAUCUGAUUUACAUAAAUAAAAAGAUCGUUGUGUUUUU